AUGGGCAGCAAGAAAAAGGAAAUUGCCCUGCAGGUCAACGUCAGCACCCAAGAACUUUGGGAGGAAAUGCUCUGCUCCAAAGGACUAACUGUUGUUGACAUCUACCAAGGCUGGUGUGGCCCCUGCAAGCCCGUGGUGAGCCUCUUCCAGAAGAUGAGGGUGGAGGUCGGCCCAGACCUUCUGCAUUUUGCAUCAGCAGAGGCAGACUGUCUUGAUGUGCUCGAAAGAUACCGAGGGAGGUGUGAGCCAACCUUUCUGUUUUAUGCCGGAGGAGAGCUGGUGGCAGUGGUGAGAGGAGCGAAUGCCCCACUGCUGGAGAAAACCAUCCGCGAGCAGCUGGAGGCAGAAAAGAGGGUGUUGGCUGAAGGCAGAGAACGGAGGGUGAUUAAAGAUGAAGCUCUUUCUGAUGAAGAUGAAUGCUUUUCUCAUGAAAAGAAUGAUGGUGAUGAUGAGGACCUGGUGUCAUCAGAGAAGGCCUGCACCUUGGCCAUCAUUAAACCAGAUGCGGUGGUCCAUGGGAAGACAGAUGAGAUUAUCAUGAAGAUCCAGGAAGCUGGGUUUGACAUUUUAACGAAUGAAGAGAGAACCAUGACAGAAGCAGAAAUGCGACUUUUCUACCAACACAGAGCUGGAGAGGACACAUUUGAGAAGCUGGUAUAUCACAUGUGCAGUGGACCAAGCCACCUCCUGAUCCUUACCAGGACUGAGGGCACCGAGGACGUGGUCACUGCCUGGCGAACCCUCAUGGGGCCCUGUGACCCUCAUGUAGCAAGGAGGGAGCAGCCUGACAGUCUCCGGGCUCAGUAUGGCACGGAAAUGCCCUUUAAUGCAGUCCAUGGAAGCUGGGAUUCAGAAGACGCCUGUCGGGAACUGGCCCUGCUCUUCCCCAGUUUUCGGUUUUCAGACCAGAUUCCAGAAUCCGCCCCUCUGGACCGUGAGGCUGAAGGAGCGGAGGGCCCCGGCAAAAUGCUGUGCUCCCUGGAGGAUAUGGAUGAGGCAGCCCAUGACCAGGGUGAGGCCACAAGCUGA